AAGUGAAAAAGAGGAACAAGGUCUAAACCAAGGCAGUUUUCAAACAGCCAAAUGAACAGAAAGGAGUUUAGCAUACCACUCUCAAGGUGUUUUGCUUUCUCUAGGAAUAUAAAGAUGAAAAGACCUGAUCUCUGCCCACCAUUUAAUGAGCAGGUUUCUGGAUGGCAGAUCAUUCAACCUUCCUUUUCUUGAGUUUUCAACUCUGCUAUUAUCUUCCACUCAUUUCUGCUCCAUUUUCUGAUUCACUGACAGAAAAGGAAUUGAAUUUGACUAAAAUCUCCCCUGACAAUAAUGGUUGUGAUGUAAAAAACAUCGGACACGAGAAUCAUCCAAAACCAGGGUUCCUCAAUCUCUCCUGUAAUUGCUUUAGGACUUUGGCAGAUAAUGUUCUUUCAGAUCUGAAAGGGAAAUGCCUAAAAGAGUUUCCAAAGUUACCUUUGAACUGUACCCUACAAGAAAUUAUUAAUACACCGGCCUAUGCCUGCGAAUUCAUUAAAGGCAACAGCAUACUAUUAAACAACACUUUUUGUGCAGAAAUGCUGAAAAGCUGUGGAAACACUUCAGUGGCCAUUUCUGUAGGAAUUUCCCUUCUUUUACUGCUGGUGAUCUGUGGAAUUGGGUGUGUUUGGCACUGGAAACACCGUAGCACAACACAAUUUACCUUACCGAGACUUUUGCAAGGGAAACGCAGCAGGAGAAAAGACUAUUCUAAAACACUCUCGAUACGUCCCCAUGUUAUCAGCUCAAGGCAUAAAAUCUCAGUUCAAACCCAAGACCGCAAAUCUGCUGCUGGGGGGACUGACACACAUGACACCUAUGAAAAUCUGGAAGCACGUCCUCCCAAAGCUAAAGAAGAAACCGAUAAGGAACUGUAUGAGAACAUCCGGCAGCCCAAUUUCGACGAUCAUAUCUAUGGAAAUGAGACAACAUGUGACUAUUACAACUUUCAGAAGCCGUGUACUUCUGCAGCCCCUCAAGAUGAAGAUAUAUAUAUUCUUCCUGAUGCACAUUAACUUUUUAAAAUACUGGGCUUAGUUAUUGGAGGAUAAAUAUUCACUGGGACUUUUAUUGUACAGAUGUCAUUAAUCAAGUUCUGAUGAAAUUCAAUGAUGUCUCAUCUAUCGCGACCCUCUGAAUCCUCCAUAUGUGGAUCACUGGAUUAAUUUUAAAUAUCCUCUCCACUAUCCUUGCCCUGGAUUAACUAUGUAUUAUGUUGUACUGAUUCUUCCUUCUAAUAUUACCUGUUAUCUUUUUCUUUUGUUUCUAUCUCCACCAUCUUUUUCUGGCUCAGGAUGAUUGUCACAGUUUCCUAUUGUCACAGUCUUUCUGACUCUAGUUUCCCCACACUCAACAGUUCCCCAUGAUUAUUUUCAGAAAAUAUUUCCAAUGGCCAUAUACCACUCCUUUAUGUAAAACCUUCUCUUUGCGAAAAACAUAAUACUCAUAAUUCUGAGUCCAAAAUGCAUGAUUUUACACAGUUGGUUCCAAUUUACUUUUCCAGGGGCUUCUACUAAUCCCUCACGUCUCUGCUUUCAUCAGAAUCAUCUCAGAAUGUGCCAAAGUCCUCCUCCUCCCCGGCUUCGCUGUCUGCCCCUCUCAAUCCUGCCUCUGAUCAUAGCUUCUCCGAGAAGUCUUCUGAAUCAUCCCAAACCUACAUUUACCGUUUUUCUCCCUGAUCACCUGUAGACUCUGCUGCCUGUUCAAUUCUUUGGUCAUUUAAACAUAUGAAUGUAUGCUAUGAUAUUUUAUUAUGUAAAUAUGCAAUAUGAGAAUGUCUUAAAUUCCCUACUAACAGUAAGGAACUGCCUCGUAUUCACAUUUUAGCCCCAAUGCCUAGACCAUUCAUUCAUUAUUGUUCAAUUGACAAGAAUUGAAUUGUACAUUUUGCUAAGUAGUUUUGAAUAAAA